UUGUUUGCACAAUCUCCAUGUGAAUCCACACGGGCUUUGUUCAAGAAUUAAAAAAAAAAUCAAAGAAGUAUGCUUGAGAAUCAACACAAGAGUCCUUGAAAGACCGCUUCUUGGGCAGAUCCCCAUUGAUUUUCACGUCAAUAUUGCCCUCAAUGGGCUCAAUUACAUCACAAUUGUACUUCUAAUUAUAUCAGAUAGCUUCCUCAGCAUGCCCCAAGGCUGAUUUUUUGGUCAGUCAAUACGCGCGCGGAGAUUCUAAGAUGUUUUUUUGGCGGUUGUAUGUGUAAGGGUGGUUGUUUUUGAUAUCAGAGAGACGGAAAAUUUGAUUGAAGAGUAGGCGGUGUGGAUGUGUGCGUGCAAAAUUUGACAUUUCCCCAAAAGAAAUUCCCUGCGGAGUGAAAUGUGUGAAGAAAAACCAUCCGGAAAGGCAAAAAAUGCCCUAUUUUGACCCCUAAACUGUCCCCUGAGUGUCUCCCGGAUUGUCCAUGUGAUUGAAGUACAAAGUUUAGAAUGGUGGAAAACUACAAAUACACGUUGAUUGAUGAGCAAGCCAGUGAGGGCGAGAAGCCGAUGCCACGUCGGAAGGCCAGCAAACAGCAAAAUGAUCUACAAUUUUCCUUCAUCUGCCUCCUGCUCUGUGUUGUAAUCCUCAUCUUCUUGCUGGGAAUGUACACAGACUCCUUCCAUCCCAUCAUUGACGGAAUAGCCGUUGGAUUGGGCUACCAGGAGAAACAAUUUGCUGUGAUACUCGAUGCUGGCUCCACGGGAAGUCGUGUGCUGGCUUAUGAGUUCCACAAAGGCUAUCUGGACGGCAGAUUAGUUUUAGACAAUGAGUUGUUUAAACAACUCAAACCGGGCUUAUCGGCAUUUGCAGACAAACCAAAUGAGGGGGCUCAGCAGAUUGAUAAGUUGCUGCUUGAGGCCAAAAAUGUGAUUCCCGAGGCGUACUGGGCUUCAACGCCGGUCGUCCUCAAAGCAACAGCUGGUCUUCGGCUGUUGGAUCCCAAAAAAGCCGAUGGCUUGCUCAGAGCUGUUCGGCAAGUGUUCAAAAAGUCCGGCUUUCUCAUUGAAGAGAAUGCCGUGGAGAUUAUGGAGGGAGUGGAUGAGGGGAUUUUCUCCUGGUUCACGGUGAAUUUCCUCCUGGGUCGGCUCAAUGGGAAAAAUACAGUGGCUGCUCUGGAUUUGGGUGGUGGAAGUACUCAAGUUACUUUUGCUCCCAAAGAUUUCUCCCAGAACAUUUUCGAUGGGUACAUUUAUACAGUUCCCACGGCGGCGGAUCAUGUGAAAGUGUUUACGCACAGUUACCUGGGAUUGGGUCUGCAUGCCCUCAGACAUGCUGUCUUCACCAGUGGCCUUCCGGACAAUCAGACAGCCAUUGAGAGUGAAUGUGUCAAUCCAAUUGUUCACAACAAACUCUUCCGGUAUGCCAAUCGGGAGUUCCAUAUCAGCGGAAAGGACAACAAAAAGUCCACAGCUGACAAUCCCGAGGUGGACUUUGAGACGUGCCUGGAGAAUGUCAAAAAUAAAGUUCUGCCUCUGGUGAAGCCCAAACCGGUGACCCUGAAGCAACAUCAAAUUGCCGCUUUCAGUUACUACUUCGAGAGAGCCAUUGAGACAGGAUUAGUCGACCCAAAUCUUGGUGGAGAGAUAAAAGUUGGGGAUUUCUAUACGAAAGCACGGGAAGUUUGUGCGAUUCCCAACACAGAUCAACCUUUUAUGUGUCUAGAUCUCACCUUCAUCUCUGUUCUGCUGCAGGAUGGCUUUGGCCUGAAGCCACAGGCUCAGAUCAAACUGUAUAAGAAAAUAGAUAAUCAUGAAAUUUCAUGGGCACUCGGCUGUGCUUACAACAUUUUUUCCAAACGGAUGACAACAAAGCAGUGAGGCUGAAAUGAUUCCCAGGGAUUAACAAAAAAUAAAGAGACUGCCCAAAAUCUUUUGGACGUCUUUCAUAUCAAACUCUUUCAAAAGGGCUUUAAAGACUAAAAAAAAAAACAAAACAAACGAAUCGUAGCGAUUAGUGAGAGGGACUGCUCUAGUUUGAUGUUCUGGAGGAGGAAGUCCUCCGGAAAGUGCCUUAACAGUCCCUCAAAGUAAAAGAAAAAAUUUGUCCUCAAUCUGCAGAGAUUUUUUUAAAACAUUCUUCUUUAGAAAAAAAAAAAUUGCACGAUUUAUUUGAGAAUUUUUGUAGAUAUUUUUCACUAUGAUCCUUUUUUAUUUUGAUUUCUUGUACAUUCCCUUUCCUAAGAACAGAAAUUUGUUAGUUUGUUGCACAAUUUGGGAACAGAGUUUAUCUUAUUGAUAGUUGAUAAUGAAAAAUUUUCCAUUUUAUUCGUGCGUUUAGGACAUAAUUUAUUAUAAAGAAAAAAUUUGUAAGAUAAAAGAAAAACAAUGAAAGAUGAAAGGAUAAUCAAAUGAAACUAAACUCACCUAACACUCACCUUUGAGAAUUUUUAAAUGUUUAAAAAUAUUCACAGGUUAAGAAAAUUUGUGUGUUUUUUUCUCUAUAAAAAAAUAGUCUAGAAAAAUUUAUUAAACAAAUUUGUGGUAAGAGGAAAAAAAAGAUGCUUUGGAAGGUAAUAGAAUUUUUUAAAUAUUUAUUUACUGAUAAAAAUAAAUAAAACAGGGCAUAAUGAGCACACUGCACAAGGUUUUCCCACCUCAUUUUCAAACAGAAGGAAAAGAAUAUAAAAAAAGAGAAAAUACCUCAAGAACAUUUUCACCCGGAAAUUCUUUAAAUAUUUGAUUCAGGGAAUCGAUAAAAAAAAAACAGGUGAAAGUUUAUUUGAAUUGUAUUUGAGCAAUUCGAGUUUUUACAAUGUUGGAGUUGGUUUUCCGGGCUUAAAAAAAAUUCACAGAAAAAAUAUUUAUAAUAAACUUUUUUAAUAAAGUUACCAAAUAAUUCGUCUCAGCUUUCUGUGAAGUGAUUUUUGCACGUCCAUGUUAAUGAUUUCUAUUGUUGCAAGAUUAUUGAAUAAAUGAGAUGAUACGUA